AGAUAGAAAUAACGUGGCGCCGUUUUAGACGCUGGGGGCGGUGCAUAGCCUCUUCCUCAGACUCCGGCCCAGCUUGCGCGACCUCCACAGCGGCUUCUGAGGCGACCCGCAGAGCGCGUCAGGAUGGCCGAGGAAAAGAGUGAAAAACUAGUGCUGGAGGAAACUGCGUAUGAAGAAAUAGAAAGGGAUUUUCAGGAGGUUCUCAGCGAACUUACAGGGGACAAAAGUUUGGAGAGAUUUAGGGUUGAAUAUGAGAAGCUUCAUGCUGUCAUGAAAAAGUCUUAUGACAAUGAAAAGCGUUUGAUGGCCAAGUGCAGAGAGCUGAAUGCGGAGAUCGUGGUUAAUUCUGCGAAGGUCGCCACUGCCCUGAAGCUCUCUCAGGAUGAUCAGAUCACCAUCACAUCCCUGAAGAAGGAAAUUGAAAAGGCUUGGAAGAUGGUGGACUCAGCCUAUGACAAAGAGCAGAAGGCAAAGGAGACGAUUCUUGCCCUGAAAGAGGAAAUAGUGAACCUAAGCAAACUAGUCGAGCAAGGGUCUGGACUCUCCAUGGACCAGGAUAGCAAUAUCCGAGAUUUGCUGAAGUUCAAAGAAGAAGUGACAAAAGAGCGAGACCAACUCUUCUCAGAGGUGGUGAAAUUACGAGAGGCCUUAGCUCAGACCACUGAACAGCAACAAGAAAUGGAGCGGUCCAGGGAAGAGGCCGAGCAGACCAUCAGUCAGUUCCAACAAGAAAUCCAGCAACAUCAGAACGAAGCUUUGCGGGAGACUCGGAAGAAGGAAAAACUAGAGAAAGAGCUCAAGCAGAUUCAGACGGACAUGGACACCAGGCAGACAGAAAUCAAGGCCCUGCAGCAGUACGUGCAGAAGAGCAAGGAGGAGCUUCAGAAGCUGGAGCAGCAGCUGAAGGAACAGAAGAUACUGAAUGAGAGAGCUGCAAAGGAGCUGGAGCAGUUUCAGAUGAGAAAUGCUAAACUUCAGCAAGAAAACGAACAGCAUAGUUUGAUCUGUGAGCAGCUAUCCCAGGAAAACCAGCAGAAGGCGUUGGAGCUCAAAGCCAAAGAGGAAGAAGUCCAUCAGUUGCGCCUUGAGAUUGGGAAGCUCAACAAAAUCAGAGAACAAAUCCAUAAGAAAUUGCACCAGAUUGAAAGUCAAAAGGGAGAAGUGGAACAGCACAAGGAAACCCUGAAAAAUCAGAUCUUGGGAUUAGAGAGAGAGGUGGAGGCUUCCAAGAAACAAGCAGAACUUGAUAAGAAAGCAGUGGAUGAGCUUCUGAGAGAAAGGGACCUAUUGAAUAAGAAUAUGCUUAAGACGGUCAGUGCAACCCAGAAACAGAUAGACCUGGUGAAGCUCCACGAACAAGCCAGGAGAAACCUGGAGGAAGAAAUCCAGAACUAUAAAGAAGAGGCUCAGAAGCAGAGAAAGAUUAUCUUUCAACUGGAAAAGGAGCGAGAUCGGUACAUCAGUGAAGCCAGUGACCUUACCCAAAAGGUCCUCAUGAACAUGGAAGGCAUAAAAGUCCGUGAAAUGCAGAUUUUUGACUACAGGAAAAAAAUCGCUGAAUCAGAGACUAAAUUAAAACAGCAACAGAACCUGUAUGAAGUUGUGCGGUCAGACAGGAAUCUGUAUAGCAAAAAUCUGGUUGAAGCUCAGGAUGAAAUAAUGGAAAUGAAUAGAAAAUUAAAGAUUAUGACUCAUCAGGUAGAUCAAUUGAAAGAAGAAAUCUCAGCCAAGGAGUCAGCACUUGCGAAGCUACAUCUGGAACAACAGCACAUAGAAAAGGAGAAGGAAACGUUGAAGGCUGAGCUGCAGAAGCUGAGACAACAAGCAUUGGAGACCAAACACUUCAUUGAAAAGCAGGAAGCCGAAGAGAGAAAACUCCUGCGAAUCAUUGCCGAGGCUGAUGGGGAGAGGCUGAGACAGAAGAAGGAGUUAGACCAGGUCAUCAGUGAGAGAGAUAUCCUUGGGUCACAGCUAGUCCGGCGCAAUGAUGAGUUGGCUUUGCUCUACGAGAAGAUCAAGAUCCAGCAGUCCGUGCUGAAUAAAGGCGAGAGCCAGUACAACCAGAGGUUGGAGGACAUGAGAAUCCUCAAACUUGAGAUCAAGAAGCUUCGCUGGGAAAAGGGGAUUCUUGCCAGGAGUGUGGCUAAUGUUGAUGAACUCAGGCAGGAGCUUUUUCACACGCAAAGGGAAUUCCUGAAGGAGAGGACAAGAUGCCGAGCCCUGGAGGAGGAACUGGAGAACCCCAUGAAUGUGCACAGAUGGAGAAAGCUCGAGGCCAGUGACCCCAGUACCUUUGAGCUGAUACAGAAAAUUCAUACCCUGCAGAAGCGUCUCAUCAGCAAGACAGAAGAGGUGGUUGAAAAAGAGCUGCUCCUUCAGGAAAAGGAGAAACUGUAUGUGGAACUAAAGCACAUCCUGGCCCGGCAGCCUGGGCCUGAGGCUGCAGAGCAGCUACAGAUCUACCGCCACACGCUGCGGGAGAAGACCAAGCAGCUUAAAGUUUUGUCUUCAGAACUGAAUAUGUAUGAAUCACAGAGCCAAGAAUAUAAGUAUGAGAUCGAGAAGCUUAGCAAUGAACUGCUGAACUUAAAGAAGAAAUACCUUGCUCAGAAACGUAAAGAAUACAUUCAGAAGAACAAGGACAGAAUAGGUACGGAGAAUGCCUUCUCAGUGGCCAAACUAACUGGCCCUCGUUUUGCGGGGGGUGGAUUUCCCCUCAGCAAGUCAUCCAAGAUGAAGUCCUAACUCCGAGCUGCUGGCUGGGUCCAGUUGAACAGCUCACGAAAUUCACUCUGGAACAUUUUGGAGGAAUCUCUUUGAAAUCCCUUGGAUCACAGACAUUUAGGGAAAUCAGUCCUCAGAUUCCAGGAUGGAAAGAAACGCAGAACUAUUAUAGUCAUGUACAUAUAAGAGUGAUGACGUUCUACAUAGUCCACAUGGAUAUUAACAGAAUGUAAUUAUAUCUGUUCAAUUAGGCCAACCCAUUCCAUGAAGCAGAUCUUUUGUUACUACCACAUUGAUUUAUUUUGAAAUGCACCACAUCUAGAUACUCUGUAUGGAUGAAAGUUUGGAUCCUAAUGUCUAUUAUAGACAUCAAUGCAUAGGUUUUAUAUUUUUAAAAAAAUUUUUUGAAAUGCAAUGCAUUCUUAUUAAUAAGAAUCUAUUAUAAUUAUUCCUCAUUAACAAGUCAUUGAUGAGAUGAGAAAGAAGGACACACUCUCGAGUAUUUAAAAAGUGUUCUGAGAGUGAUUUCUAUGUGGAAGUUCUUUUCAGGCCUGGGGUAUGACAAUCUAUUCCAAAGAGACAUACUAAUAAAUGCUUCAUCAUAAAAAAUAAAAAGAACCUUUGUAGAGAUUUUGAUCUUUGCUUUGGUAGAGUACGUAAUUAAAGUUUAAAACUACUGUGAGAAAUGUUUAACCCAAGGAUGUGAUUCAGAGGAACCAAGACUGUAAAAUGAGGGGUUUGGGCUGGUAUCCAUUGAAGGUCUAUCCUUUCUAGACCUCACACUUGGAGAACAGAGUUACAUGGGACAGAGAUCUGUUUGCCUUCCAGGCUGCAGGCCAGCAUUUUGAGCCGCUGAAUCCAUUGUAUUUUCUUUGUGUUGAAGCCACAGUUAUGUGGGCAUCAGUUCAAAGUUCCCUUGUUUAAAGUGUCCAGUCAGUAAUAUUAUGUGGGACUCUCUGGCCAUCUCUCCCCCAAUAACUUGACCUCUGUAAUUUUUUAAAAAUAAUUGAGGAGUAAGUAGCUUAUGGAUAAGUAAGGCCAGUAUAAGUAGAUCAUUCCAUUUGUGCUGCAGAACUGAGGUUCCCAUUGAGAGGAGCAGGAGACUUAAUGGCCCCAAGAUGUUUGUUUAGAUUAUCCAGAGAGGUGGGAGUUUAGAGGGAUCUAAAAUCAUAUUCCGCUGUCCCUCUCAGUUCACCUCCAGAAGCAGACCCAAUGCAAUGAUGGCCAUGAAAGCGAUUGAUUCUGAAAUGAUCCCAGGAAACAUCCUAAGAGUUGGGAAAGUAGGACAGGGAAGGGAAGGAGACCAACCUAAGGGUCAAUGUCAAGUUCCAUGGUGGGAGACUUUGGCUGGACCUUUCAGGGAGCUCUGGAGACAAUGUAAUCACAUCUCAGAGUGUCCCCAUCAGGGUGAGGGAACUGGGAUAUUUAUAUCCCCCAUGCUUCCGGUCACUGGCCAAGGACUGCUCUGGAAGGGUCUUUCUGGUCUUCCCUGUAGGCAAACCAGCUCUCAAAGAGACAGCGGUUGCUGACUGUUGGAAGCAGAAGUGGUUAAGGGCUGGGGGAACUGAGUCAGGCAGUGUCAUCCUCUGUUGCUUCUCUCACAUGAUCACAGUCGAGAGCUGCAGAUGGAAAUCAACCUCCAGUGUAGCUGGUGACCCUGUGGUGAGGUGUGAUCAUCAGCAAUUUGUGUACCAUGCGGGAGCAUGAGAAUGGUUAUAUACACAAGAGAAUUUGCUUAGAAAACCUUAAACCUGAAGAAUCACAGUGGGGCCAUUUCCAGUUUUGAAAAUCACUGAUGCUGUAUUCCCUCAGAGCCAACCACAUUCUGUUUAGACAGAAGACUUUUACAGGUAAGGUGAGGCAAGACAGUUAUGACAUGUGCAGCACUGGAGGGUUUCCCAUCCAUUCAGGAACAUUUUGAAGUAUAGUCAUAGCCAACUUCCUUCUGAGCCCUUGGGUGGCUUUGUGAGAGGUUCACUUCUCUAGAGAAAUGGGGUCUGUGAUUCUUGAUCUAUUGCAGUAUGGCAAAGACUCUGGAGACAGAUGCCAGGUUCAAAUCCUGGCUCGUCAUAACAAUUGAGUUGUUUUGAGGAUUAAAUGAGUUAAUGUAUGUAAGCUUAGAACAAUGUCAGGCCCAUAGUAAUUGUUCAAUAAAUACCUGCUAUUACUAUUACAUGAGAUACCUUAUGUUUUGAAAUUUGAGAAUCAAAGUUGUUACAUAAUACUUUAUUAUAUCAACUAUAAAGAUGAUUCUUAUCCUCGUUUAGCGGGUGAGUGACAUUAAAAUGUCUGGAUGAAGCUAGAUUUGCUAAUGUAAUUUAUAGUUUAGUAUCUUGCAGAAAUGCCAUAUUGGGGAACCUCAUGAAAACUUCUGUAUAUUUUUCUUAUAACUGUGAUCUGGGGACAGAUCCUUCACUUUCAGGAGUUGGAGCUUCCAGAGGGAAAGACCCUGGUGGCCUCUGGCUACCAUUUUCUUCUUGUUUCUCUCCAUGUAAUGGAGAAGGGUGGUCAGCCUCUGCUGAUGACCUCUGACCUUGGUCCCAUGAGCCGAGAUCGCACAGGCUCUGGGAGCUGAUGCAGCAGCUCUAUCAGCUCAAUACACUUAUGUUCAAACGGAGGAAGAGUAGAUUAAGGCUUAGAAAAGGUGGAAGAUACUGCUGCUGCCUCUCAUUUACUGCACAUCCUGACAGCCCAGGGUAUUAAAAGCAAUAACUAUUUAGGUGCAGGUGUUGCCACUGUAGCCACAGUACAAAAAUGAGCUAUUAAAAACACUGAGAUUUGCAGAUCAUUAAAGAUAACUGUGAACUCACGGUGGGUUUAAGGUGCUUUUAAAAUCACAUAUUUGAGCUGCAUUGUAAAGCAACAUUAGGAGAUUAUACAGUAGCAUCAUCUUACCCCAGGGUUUUGAGCGUUUCAGAAAGGAGUCCUGUUGCUAAACCAGCCAUUGACUCUCAACUGGGCUGAUGGGGAGCUGGUAUGGUUUCUCUGUUGAUAGAGAGACACAUGAUAAAGGGGACUCCCUGGUCAUUAUUUGCUGAUCAUAGCUUCUCAGCGACUGCUCUUAGGCCAGGUUUUUAUUGUGCUUACCUCUGAAGAAGUUGCUCAGAGCAAAGGUUUGUUGCUGUGAUAAGCCAUAGGGAUGGAGGUUGUCACGCUAGGAGGAGAUGGCAGCAACUCUCCUUGUCGUGGGCUGUAAUUUUGCUAUAAAAAUUUAUCCAGGGUUGAUAAUUAUUGUUUGAUUUCCCUGCUUGCUCAACCAGAUUCUGAAGUUUGACCUAGGCCAAGAUACCCAUCAGAAAAUACUAUAUCAUGACUUUAGAGCAGAAUGGCAUUUCAGAGCCCGGACAAUUUGAGGAAAGAUAUUCUCUGUCUUAAACAUAAUCAGUUGUAUGGAGACCUAGUUGUAAUAGAAGCAAAGGGAGGGCAUUUUAAAAUAGUAAAAUAGUUAAAAAAUAUAUCUCACGGGCUUCCCUGGUGGCGCAGUGGUUGAGAGUCCGCCUGCCAAUGCAGGGGACACGGGUUCGUGCCCUGGUCUGGGAGGAUCCCACAUGCCGCGGAGCGGCUGGGCCCGUGAGCCAAGGCCGCUGAGCCUGCGCGUCCAGAGCCUGUGCUCCGCAACGGGAGAGGCCACAACAGUGAGAGGCCCGCGUACCAAAAAAAAAAAAAAAAAAAAUAUAUAUAUAUAUAUCACUAUUUUCUUUGUAGUAGAUAGGAAGUAUUUUUAUGGCAUUAUCCAUUUUUAACUUCUAAUUCAAUGCUGUUUUAGUAUACCAUUUCUCAUAUCUAUUAUUUAAAAGUUCCAUUAGGGUUUUGAGAUCCAUUAGAAUUUUAUAACAGUAUGAAAUGUGAUGUCAACAGGGUACGAUUUUUCUUUUUUAUAAUUAAAAAUAGAUUUUUUCCCCUAUUUUAAAGUACCUAAUUGAACUACAGAUAGAAAAUUAGAAAAUACCAAUAAGCAAAAAGAAAGAGGACAUCAAUAAUCCCACCAUCUAUUGAUAACUAUUGUUUUCCUGGGCUAAUGCACGUCUCAUCCGCUGUACCAGUUGUUCAUGCCCACCAUCUGUUCUGACUGGUUGGUGCUUGUAAUUCCCAAUUGUUAAAUAUUUUGUAUAUCACCUUUGAAAUACUACUGUUUUAUAAUUUUGAGUGUAUCUUUCUGGACAUUUAAAAUAAGUAUAUAUAGAUAUAUUUUGUUUUUUAAAAAUCAAAGAUGUAAUUGAGAUAUAAUUCACAUAUAGUGAAAGCAUGGAUUUUAAGUGUACAGUUUGGUAAGUUUUGACAAAUGCAUAUGCCCAAGUAACCACUACCACAAUCACUACCACAACUGCAACCCCUGCCCUCCACCACCGCCAAGAAUGCCAUUAUGCCCCUUGGCAGUCAAUAUUCACAGCCCCCAUCCAGCCUAAGCAACAAUGGAUCUGUUUUUCAUCUUAUAUUAGUUAUGUCUUUCUUAGAUUUCAUAUAAAUGGAAUCAUACAGUAGGCACUCUUUUGCACCUGGCUUUUUUUCAUGUAGUUUAAUGUUUUUUUGAGAUUCACCAAUGUUGUUGUUUAUAUCAGUAAUUAAUUCAUUUUUAUUGCUGAGUAAUAUGCCAUUAUAUCAACAACACAAUUUGUCUAUUGGUUUACCUGUUGAUGGGAAUUCAGGUUGUUUCCAGUGUUUAGCUAUUAGGAAUAAAGUUGCUAUGAAUGUUCAUGUACAAGUCUUUAUGUAGACAGAUAUUAUCAUUUCCAGGAAUGGAAUUGUUGGAUCAAUUCAAGGGUAUGUAUACACUUAAUUUGAUGAGAAACUGCCAAACUGUUGGACCAUUUUACAUUCCUACCAACAAUGUGUGUGAAUUCCAGUUACUCUAAUCUUUUUCAGUAUUGUCAGUAUUUUUUUAAGCCAUUCUAUUGGAUAUAUAGUGGUAUCUCAUUGUGGUUUAAAUUUGUAUUCCCCGAUGACUAAUAAUGUUAAACAUUUUUUUUUUUUUUGCGGUACGCGGGCCUCUCACUGUUGUGGCCUCUCCCGUUGCGGAGCACAGGCUCUGGACGCGCAGGCUCAGCGGCCAUGGCUCACGGGCCCAGCCGCUCCGCGGCAUGUGGGAUCCUCCCGGACUGGGACACGGGUUC